GCUACUAAUCAAGUUCAUGACUUGGAAGUUGAAACUCCAAUUUCAACAAAUAUGAAUGAUACUAUUGUGGCAUCGGCAUCUUCUUCACGACUUCCAUUAACUACUCUCCAAAAUCAAAAUAGGGAUUCCAAUAAUACCGAUGAGUUACCGGGCAAACCUAAAAAACCUCAAAAUUCUAGCCGCACGCUACGUAGUCAUACUUCCAG